UUGGCAAAGUCCAUCUUCCAACUGGAAGUGUGUGCCAUAAAUUACUCGCAAAGCGUCAUUUACAACUACCUGAAAUUGAUAUAAUCUUUUCAGGGGAGAAUAUCUUCAGUUGCCAAGAUGAAUCGUUCUCUUUAUCCCGCUUCGUGUCCUCCUAUUGUACACGUACCCACUUGCAUAGUCAUGGUGGGUUUACCGGCUCGAGGCAAAACGUAUGUCUCUAGAAAGCUUGCUCGCUACCUCAACUGGAUCGGUGUGAACACGAAGGUAUUUAACCUUGGUGAAUAUCGUCGUGAGAUGGCCGGCGCUCAUUGCAAGCACUCGUUCUUCGAUCCGACCAAUGCUGAUGGUAUGAACGUUCGCGAAAAGUGCGCAGAACUAGCUCUUGAAGACAUAACGAAAUGGUUGAACGAUAAGGGGCAGGUAGCCAUCUUUGACGCUACAAACACCACUCGAGCAAGAAGAACGAAAGUCACCGAUCAUCUCGCCACCCAUGGUUUCAAGGGUUUUUUCGUCGAGUCAGUUUGCGACGACAAAGAGAUCAUACGUUCCAAUAUUCUAGAGGUGAAAGUCAACUCGCCUGACUAUCAGGGGGUCCCCUCAGAAGAAGCUUGUCAAGAUUUCGAAGCCCGGAUAAACCAUUAUAAUGAUUAUUAUGAACCAAUUUCUUUGGAUCAUGAUCUUAACAUGCCAUUUCUUAAAGUGAUUGAUGGUGGUAAGAGGUUUCUGAUGAAUAAAGUGGAAGGCUACUUGCAAAGUAGAAUAGUGUAUUACAUAAUGAAUCUUCACAUCACCCCUAGAGCCAUCUACUUGUCAAGACACGGUGAAAGCAUGAUGAAUUUGCAAGGUAGGAUCGGUGGGGAUUCUGAUCUCACUGAAAGGGGCUGGGAGUACAGUAAAGUCCUGGGGAAGUUCGUCAAAGAGAGCAUGCCAGCCGACCUCAAAGUUUGGACAAGUGAAUUGAAAAGAACCAAUCAGACGGCUAGUUUUAUAGACAGACCAAUUGAAAUAUGGAAGGCUGUCAAUGAAAUUGACGCUGGAGUAUGUGAGGGAAUGACAUACGAAGAAAUUCAAGAGCAGUUUCCAGAGGACUUUGCUAGACGAGAUGAGGAUAAAUUUCAUUACCGGUAUGUCCGCGGGGAGUCUUACGAAGAUCUUGUUGCCCGCUUAGAGCCAGUUAUCAUGGAACUUGAAAGGCAGCAUAAUGUCCUCGUCAUUUGUCACCAAGCAGUGGCGCGGUGCCUCUUAGCCUACUUCCUUGACCACAACUCUGAAGAGCUGCCCUAUUUGCGAGUGCCUCUACACACCGUCAUAAAGCUCACCCCAGUCGCGUAUGGCUGCCGUGUGGAGAAGUUCGAUUUGAAGAUCCCUGCUGUAAACACACACAGGGAAAAGCCCAAGGUUGUUUCAGUCAACCGUACUGAAGAAGAUGCAUUAGAAACUGUUCCAGAUCAUGAGUGAUCAUUUGGAGAACAAUAUUUUCAUUCUCAGACAGGGUAUGGUUUAUCUAAUAAACUAGAGGGCAAAGUUUAUGAUUUUUGUCAUGUGCUGAUCAAUUUAUUGGAUACUUCAACAUCCAAAACCCAACAUUUGAACUUCUGAAGUUUUAGUUCAAAUUCUCAUCCUCUAUAUUAAAAAUAGUGUUUAAAUGUCCCACCUCCUGUUACACCCAAACUAGUCAAAUGUCCAAAAAGGAUAUUGCAUUUGAUCAAUACUUAAGAGAGCAUUUUUACUUUUGGUGCAUAUUCUGGGUUUUUUCAUUAAUUUCAAUUUGGAUGUAACAAUUGUUGGGAUGCAGGGUUAACUACCGGUAGUCUGCUUUGAAUGUAUAAAAUAAUAAUGGAAUAUACAGUACAUAAUUAUAUACAAAUCUUUGUGGAGAAAUAUAUAUUUAAUUUCAAUUGCAUCCAUGAAUUAAACCAAAAUAUUAGAAACAAUUGUAAUGCUUCUUUCUACAAACAUUUUGAUUCUGAGUUUUGUGGUAUUUUUUCUUUUCCAUUUAGUGGAUCACAGGUUUUCCUUCAACUAAAGUAACAUUUCAGUAGUCGCAACAUAAUACUUUACCAAACGUAUUUAAAAUUCCUUACAUGUAAAAUUUUGACAUGGACCAGUUUCAUACAUUGAGGACUUAUAUAGCCAUAAAUGUUUAAUGGCUUGACUAUGUCUUGCCCCUAAAUACAAGGUUCCAGUGGCUCAACCCCACCCUUACCCCCUCCCACAGUGUGUCCAGUGGAACUGGAUGGGGAGGGGAUGGUAAUUUUUUGAUUUAAUUGGUGCAUUACAGUCAAAAACACUCAUUAAUAAUCAACAGCUUUAUGUUUCAUAAAAUGUUUGAAUUUUUUUACUCAUGAAAAAUUAUAAUACAUCUGGUCAUGCCUUGGUGAAAUUGUUUCUUUAUUUUGUCUGAAAUCUUGAAUUAACAGCAUUUUUUGUCUUGCAUAUAGCAUAUUUAAAAACAUGGUGAUGGUGUUUUAUUGUUACUGUAGUCAAUAUUUAAUUAAGAAUUACGAAAAAAUUAUUUAUUCAGUUUCCUUUAAAGAGAUCUCUGAAGGAAUAAUUAUUUUUGAAACAUUUUUUAAUGACUUGAAAACUUGAUGCAUGUAUUGCAACUAUUUUUUUUUCAGAUUAUUUAAUUCCAUGUACUUUCUUGUUUCUUAUAUUAGUGACUAUAUUAUUGUACUUAAGGCCCUUGGUCUUUUGCAGAACAUAUUAUUUUUGAUAUGGGAUAAAAUCAGUGGUUUCAUUAGUUUAGGUUUUUGAUUAAUUUACUUAAGGUGGCCGAACACAGUUUUCAAGAGCCUAUGCUUAAUUCACCAUUACUUUUAAGCUGUUUA